AAAAUUUCUGUUUGAAGAUGCGUCAGAUGAUGCUGCAAAUGGAUCAGUGGACCAUGAAGAAAAGAAUGCUGAAACCAGUUUAGUCCAUUAUCCAGAUAAUCUGAAUCUGAAGGAUAUUUUUUAUUAUAUUCUUGCACCUACUUUGUGCUACGAAUUGAACUUUCCUAGAACGAACAGGAUUCGUAAGAGGUUUUUAGUGAAACGAAUGGUAGAAGUGGUGGUUGGAUUUCAAGUGAUGAUGUGCCUAUUUCAACAGUGGAUUAUUCCAUCAGUAAAAAACUCACUCAUACCUUUCUCGAACAUGGAUGUAGCAAAAGCAACAGAGAGACUACUGAAACUUGCCAUACCAAACCAUUUAGUUUGGUUAAUCUUCUUCUAUUUGAUGUUUCACUCAUUUCUAAACUUGAUUGGUGAGAUGUUGCAUUUUGCUGAUCGAAAUUUCUACUGUGAUUGGUGGAAUGCCAAUAAUAUUGAUACAUUUUGGAGAUCAUGGAACAUGCCUGUUCACCGUUGGGCGUUAAGACAUUUAUAUAUACCGCUGGUUGAAAUGGGUUAUUCCAGGACCGCAGCAGGUGUAGCUGUUUUCUUUGUUAGUGCAUUCUUUCACGAGUACCUCGUCAGUGUGCCCCUCAGAACCUUCAAAACAUGGGCAUUCAUGGGAAUGAUGGGGCAGGUAAGUUGUUCUUUUAAUGUACGUGUGUAGUAUAAUUACUAGAGAUGUGUGUCCAGUAAAAGUGCUAUGUUUUCUGUUCACUGAAGAAAAUGUGUCCAUAUACACAGGUACCAACACGAACGUAAAAAAGCUUGAACAUUCUGCUGAAGGUUAAUAGGUGAGAGGGGGGGUUAUACUACCCUUUCAAAAAUUUGGGGUCCUGGCAUGCAAACAAAUCAGACAUUUUUGUAAUUUUUGUUAAUGUGAAUAUCAUUUUUAGUUUUGCUAAUUUUACGUACAUCGGUGGAUUAUUAGUUUAACUGUCAUCAGUUCCGCGCUGUACGUAUUGAAACGUGUUUUUCAUCUGGCACCAUAUUUUGAGCGUAGAAAGUGUAGGCCUGACUGACACCUCAACACUCGUAAGGUCAGACUUUCAGA